AUGACGCGUAGCUAUUUAAACGGCAAGUUUCCUCGAAGUGAAUUAGUCGUUGCCUGUUGUAUCCAGAGACCAUUUAAUAAGAAAUACUCGAAAACAACCAUGAAUUGUGCAAAAAUAACGAUCGCGCUCAUGUUUUUGGCUUGUUUUGCUAAUGAACUGGUCGGAGCUUGUAACAAUUGGCGAUCAGCCGGUACCUACGAGCCUGCACCAACUUGCUUCGCCGUUUGCCAAGCCAGGUGCAAGCUGUUUUUCAAUACUGCGGAAUUCGAAUGUCCAAUAAGUGCCAAAGUUUUCGCACAAUGUAAAUGUUGCGGCGAUUGAUCGACCGAAAUGCUUUGUAAACGUUAAAUAAACGUUACUGAAUUUCUAUUA